AAUACGUGUCGCUAUAUCAUUAAAUAAAUGACGACUAGAUUCAGUCUGGGUCUUUACCUCCCACAUUUCACACCUUGCACAAAUAAAAUUAGGGUUAGGGUUCAGGAUCUACCUCUAACCUCGCUUCCCCGGCGUUUCGCGACUCGGAUGAGCUCGAACUCCGAGUCAGAGGCGGCCAAGCCACUGAACAAUGCGACGGAAGGAGAAAUUCCACCGGAGAAAGAUGUACUGGUGCAAUACGUGGUGCUCAGGCGAGACUUAAUCGAUACGUGGCCAACGGGGAGCAUAGUGACACAAGGCUGCCAUGCCUCAGUUUCAGCAAUUUGGGAAAAUAAAGAAGAUGAUCAUACUCUGGAGUAUUGCAGUCCUCAGAAGAUUGAUUCAAUGCACAAGGUUACGCUUGAAGUGAAAGGAGAGGUGCAGAUGAGGAACUUGUGCGAGAAGCUGAGUGCACAAGGCAUUGUUCAUAAGCUGUGGAUUGAGCAGCCUGAGAAUAUUCCUACUUGCCUUGCUACUAAGCCUUAUCCUAAAUCUGCUGUGGCUUUGUUUUUCAAGAAGUUGAAACUUUGCAAGUGAUUGUUUAUUUAUAGAUGUGAAUUAUUCGAUUAAUGUGAUUGUUGGGUCUUUGUUAACCUACAAAUUUUGCUAUUUACUCGUUCAGCUGCAGAUUUCCCAGGGCAGAUUUUGCAAUGUGGAAGCAAAGAUUAUUUGUAUAUGUGAUGUUUCAGCUUCUAAUUACUAGCCUUUGAUUUUUUUUUA